UAAGAAAGGGCACAAAUUGUAAGGAAGUUGCAACAUUGUCGAGCCCAUUUGUUUACGUUGUGUAGUCAUUUGCUGACACUUGGAAAAUACCAUAUUCAAUUAAAGAUCAACUUAAUAAAUUUUACUCCUCUUUAUUUUGAAUGGCACCGCAACCGGUUGUAACUGGUCUUUCACCCAAAGAGGGUCCUCCCGGAACUCGUGUUAUAAUACGUGGAGAGUUCUUGGGUACCAGAGCCACUGAUCUCAUCGGUCUAAAAAUUUGUGGUUCUGAUUGCUUGUUGUCGGCCGAAUGGAAAUCCGCAAAUAAAAUAAUUGCACGCACCGGGCCCGCAAAGGGCAAAGGCGAUAUUAUUGUCACAACAAUUAGUGGUGGCGAAGGCACAUCGACUGUACAAUUCCGCGCUUAUCAUGAAACCAUAGGCCCUUUAAAAGAGUCGGCAGUAUGGAUAGAAGAAUCACCAUCGCAAAAUUUUGCUUGGGGACGACGCACAUUAGCACAAUCAGUGUUGACUCAAGAAGAUCCACUUGGUUUGUCCAUUGAAGGAAAUGAACAAAAAAUACCGGAAGACUUGCGUGACUUAUUUCCCGAAGCAAGUGGUGAUUUAUCACAAGAGAACUUUUCACCUUCAUGGUUUUUGCUCGAAAAUCAUUUGGCUACAUCGUUCGAAGACCUGAAGGCGGGUCUGGCAUAUUUAAAGCGCAAAGUGGAAAGUCAAAAAGAGGGUCAACUAUCAUUUUUAAAAUCAAAUGCGGGAUCUGUGAUUGACCAAUUGGAUACACUCAUGAAUAUUAAAGACAAAUUGCAAGAGGAUACACGUAUAUUCGGCACAGAGCCACUCAAUGUGCUUGAGAGUUCAAUAGAGAAUUCCAUUUCUGAAUCAAAAAAUAUCUUCACGGAGGUGCUAUUGCGUAAAGAAAAGGCAGAUUCAACGCGCGCCGUACUCUUUGCGCUAUCGCGUCAUAAAUUUUUAUUUUGUCUACCCAAUUCGGUGGAGCGACGUGCAGAGGCAGGCGAAUAUGAUAUUGUCGUGAAUGAUUAUGCGCGCGCCAAGAAUUUAUUUGGCAAAACUGAAAUACCAAUGUUUCGACGUGUAUUAGAGGAGGUGGAUCAACGAAUACUACAAAUUCGAAAGCAAUUACACGAAAAAGUAGUUAAAAUGCCACAGAGUGUCGAACAACAAAAGAAACUGAUAAAGGCACUGACCAGUCUUGAGGUGCAACAAAGCGGUACGAGUAUUGGUGAACGCAUACGUAAUGUUGAUCCCGCCUGGGAUGCCAUUGAGGCACGUGCAAAGUAUUUGGAAUAUACCUUUAAGCAAACGUUCGAACAAUUUGCUUCAAAGGACGCCGGUGGACAAGAAAAAUCUAAGAAUCGCGAUAAUACCAAUCAGCCACACAGCCGUGUCUUGUUUUGUGAGGAAAUCUGUGACAUCGCCGCUUCGCAAUUGCCAGAUUUAUGGCGUUUAGGGCAAUUAUAUUUCACUGGCGAAUUACGUGGUGCACACGAUCCCAAACCCGGCGAUUUCAAGCGCAUGAUUUUAAAUGCAAUUGAGAAAUUCUGCGCCUACUUGCGUGUCGCCGUGCUAAUUGCUUCGGAUUUACGUGCGCUGCGUCAAACAACCGGUUUGGCUUGGCCCAUUGGCUCAUCAUCGGCCACCCAUCAGUUUCUACCAUGGAUAUCGCAGUGCUUACGUUACACGCGUAUCACUUACGCCACGCUAAUACGCUUAGAUCUGCCAUCUGAAGCGCUGGAUAUCAUACAGAAAUUGAUCGAUGAAAUACGUAUUUUCUGCUUUUCCAUCACAUUCAAACGUGCCAGUGAUCGCUGCAAGAAGUUAGGCGAAGCAGAAACUUGGGAAAUGGACGUAGAGGACUUUCCGGGCGCAACAAUGUUGCCGAAUUGUUUGGAAAAAUUGCUGUUAGAGACGCUGGAUGAGGCGCAAAAUGCGUGCAUGAAUCCGGAAAUUCGGGAAGGUAAUUUACUGGAGCCACAAUCGGAUGGUCAACGUGAAGUGUCACAACGUUUGCAAGAAUUUCUAUCCACCUUCUGUGGUGUUAUUGAAGAGUUGGCCUAUCAGUCACACGACGAAGAGACACCCACACACAAUGUCUCCCAACUGAUUGGCUAUCCCAACGUACAGCAGACCGCACUAAUGUCAGGGCGUUUUUGGAAUUCAAGCGUUAUAACCUGGGAGCAGCGUAUGCUUUGUUGUCUUGCCAACUGCGCAUACUGCAAUAAAAGCUUCUUUCCACACGUUGGCGAUAUAUUUGUCAAAUACGGUUACCCGCUGCCCACACUGGCUAUAGAAACAUCACGUUAUUCCGUUAAUCAGUUGUUUACAAAUCUCUUGGACGCUUAUGUGGAACACAAAGUCGAUCCAUUAGUUGGCACAAUAGAGCCAUCCAUGUAUUUGGGACGCUUUCAAUGGGAUAACGAAAUGGAAAUCGGCAAGUUGCGUCCAUACGCACACGAAUGCUGCGAUAAUUUGGUGGGUGUUUACUCUGAAAUAUAUACCAUAUCGCCGGCAUUGUUGCGUCCCAUUUUGGAGCCAAUUGUGCUAACCGUUUCUGAGGAGUUGGCACGCUUAAUGAGCUGUGUGCAAGAGUUUAGCUACACUGGCGCCAUACAAGCUAACGUGGACAUACGCUUGAUAAGGGAUGCUUUGAAAUUUUAUACAAAUGAAACGGGAAAAAAUUAUUUCCUCGAAGCCUUGGAGGCUAUAAAACCACCACUUAAUACGGAGCAAUUGCGAAAGAGUGAUGAAAUAUUGGAACGUGUAAAGACUUGCAUGAAACUGCAAUUGGUGUGCUUUUCCGUCAAGGACCCAUGAAUUUCGUAGCGACUACGAAGCUAGUGUAAUAUUUACUCUUAGGUUAUUUACUUAUAUCGAUAUUAAUUACCGUUAAGGUUAUGCAAAUAUUUAUUCCAAUUUGAAACAAACGGCUUAAAUGCAUAAAUAUAUAAUAUAUAUACAGACAUACAUACAUA